AUUUUAUUUCUCCCCCUCACGCCUGCUCACAGAAGCCACCGGCAAAGAGGAAGAGAGCCUCUGCUGAUUCAGUAGCAAUUCUCUGGUUGGUUCUCUGCUGCUGCUGUGUGUGUGUCUGCGAAGAAACGAGGAGAGGGAGAGAUGGCUUGCCCUGCGCAGUACAUGCUCUCGGCCAGCAGCUGCAUCUUCCUGGGGAGCAGCAAGCCUCAGGCGAGCCUUGUCCGAGGCGCCGUCAUCGGCGGCGUUAGCAGCAGCAGGCAGUUCCUGCUCACCUGCAGCGCCUCGUCGUCUCCGUCUCCUUCCUCGCCGGCGCCGGCGCAGGAGGACUCCGACUGCAACGAGGAGGAGUGCGCCCCGGAGAAGGAGGUCGGGAGCCUGAGCGCCGAGUGGCUGGCGGAGGAGCGGACCAGGGUCGUCGGAACCUUCCCGCCCAGGAAGAGAGGGUGGACCGGCCUCGUCGAGAAGGACACCGCCGGCCAGACCAACAUCUACUCCGUCGAGCCGACGGUGUACGUGGCGGAGAGCGCCGUCAGCUCCGGCACGGCGGGCACGUCGGCGGAGGGGGCCGAGAACACGGCCGCCAUCGCGGCGGGGCUGGUCCUCAUCACCGUCGCCGCGGCCUCGUCCAUCCUCAUCCAGGUGAGCAAGAAGCAGCCGCAGGUGCCCGAGGCCGCCUACAGCGGCCCGCCGCUCAGCUACUACGUCGCCAAGUUCCAGCCCGCGGCGGAGGCGCCGGCGCCGGCGGAGCCCCUCGAGGCCCCCGCCCCCGCGGAGGCGGCGGUCGUCGCCCAGGACAGCCCCGCCGUCGAGGCAGCCGCCCCGGAGGCGCUGGAAGCAGAGCAGCUGUCCUCGUGAGCUGAUGUUGUAGUCAAGAUUCAGCUUUGUGGCUGCUUACAGAUGAGCUUGUAGUGCACGAUGGUGGGAGAUAAUACACAUGGUAAUCGUGAGCAUUUGCUAAUUGUAAAAGUUGCGUGUGUAUAUACAAUGCAUUCAGCAUGCCUAUAUGCUUAUAUGAAAGCCCACGACACUCGCACAAACCAAGCAUAUUGUUCA